CGCAUAUUAUUAGAGAGUAAGUAAAUGACAUUUGGUCCGUGAAUGUGAAAAGCGAAUCACUUGAUUAGUUUUGUUUGAUUUCGCGACACUUGCGAAACCGUACGUGAAAAUUUCCCAAAACCACAAAUAAUGGGUGCCCGUAGCUCAAAUCCACGUACGAUACAAAUUGAAAAUGAUUCGCCGGUCAGUGUGAUUGAUGUAUCGGAGGCAGUUGUGGAUCGUCUCAAGGGAUUGCACAGCAAAGAUGUUGCACAACAAAAGGAGCAUGACCGACGAGUGGCUGAAGCCGCUGUGGCCGCAGCACGGUUAGAAUGGGAGAAACAAGUAGAACAACGAUCUCCGAAACAAUUAAUAACACAAGCUGCUCCUGCACCGAUUCAAACCAUCAUACACAGCGGUGGAUCCACAAUUUCAGCGUUGGAAGUUCGCCGUCAAAAAGAGGAAGAAUUGCGUAAAAACGAUCAGUACUGGCAGGCGCGUCUGAAGAAGCAAGAAGAAGAUCUCAAGAAGACUGCAGCCAUUUUGGAAAAGGAAUACAAUGAAACGUUCAAUCAAGUGCGUAGCCGCUUCGAGAAUUCAGCACCACAAUAUCAGUUGCCUCCAUGCAAAGAUGUCAAAGCCAAACUAGUCGAAUGCUACAAAGCAAAUGGCAAUCAAACGCUGAACUGUUCCAGCAUUGUUGCCGAUUUCGAAAAUUGUGUGCAAAGCCAUCGUACAAAUCUGCUGAAUGAGAAAUAUGCUGCAACAAAACAACCCAUUGCCGCCGCAUCAUAAUUCAGUUUUGUUUGUGUGAUUUGAAGAAAAAAAAUCCUUAAAAAUUAUGUUGAGCCUAUUUCGCAAAUGGAUGUGCAAAUGAAUGUCCGGUAUUCAAUUGUGUUGUGCAUGAAAUUACGUUAAAAUUGAAUAUCCGGAUUGGAUGGAAUCAUCCCAAAAAAAAAGGACACGAAUUAUUAUCAAAUCUAGUGUUUUUUUAGCGAAAUUUGAACAACAGUAAAAACUCUUGACCUUUAUUUAAAAAAAUAAAUACACUCUAGGAAUACAACAAACCGAAA